AUGGAGUACGCACGCUUGACCGCUUUCACCAAAACUCGCGGCGCAACCACAACGGCCACCUGCGACCUUAUAAUCGCAGCCUUGUGCGAGGCCAAACGGUACAGAGACGCCUACGACCUCUUCCAUUACUUUUUCAACGAAUCCAACAUCAAACUCAGCGUCCGUUGCUGCAAUCACGUUGUUAAAGCUCUAUGCGACGAUGGUCGUGCCCACGAAGCUCUUCAACUCCAUCACCACAUGCGUAGCGACGGCAAUGCCUCCUUGUGUCUUGAUUAUCAGACAUACCGUAUCUUGACCAAAGGUUUGUGGGAUGCCGGGAAGAUCGGUGAAGCUCUAGAUUUGGUUAAAGAUGUCUUCUCUUUGAGAUUUGCAAAACCAGAGGAUUACGACAUUAUGGUUUCUCAUUUCUUGGAUCAUCAGCAAGAUUUUGACAAAAGCUGGGCGCUUUGUUGUGCCGCUAACCUGGGAAUGAGCGAGCUUAACAAUGGCAACAACAGUUAUCCAACGGUAACCGUGACCGCCAUAACGGUGACUCUCAUUGAGCAUUGUUUCAGUCGACGGCAAGAGGAAACAGCAAUGGAAUUCUACACUGAUUUGUUAGCAAAAAGACCCGUGAUUGAAGAUGCUUCCAUUAAACCACUCUUGGAAGUUUUGUACAAUGGUGUGGACGAGGAUUCAGACCACUCAGAGCCUAUAAAUGCAAUGAUCAAUGAGCUUUUCAAGCUCGGGAUGUCUAAGGAAGCAUUUGAUUCAUUCUUAAAAGUGAGAUCAAAACAGAGAUUCUUUAUGAACAGAUUCACGCAUGUACCUUACGCCAACAUCAUCACGAGGUGUAUCGAAGAUGGGAACUUGUUGUCCAAGGCAGACAUGAUCUUUCGUGAAUUACUCAAGGAUAAUCCAUCGGCUUGCAAGAUUUCAACAUUCGAAGAAAUGAUCAAUGCGUAUCUAAAGGCCGGGAGGCUCCAUGAUGCAUUGAAAACAGCAAACAAGAUGGUGGAUGCAAAUCUAAGCCAAGUUUCUUCAUUAUUAAAGAGUUGA